AUGGCUCAUCGAUUGGUUUGGUAUUCGCUUUUGUUGGUCAGUUUUACGACUGUAUAUGUUGCUGCCUGCGAUGGAAAGGAACUAUGUUUGUUGGAGGCAUUGAAAGACUUGAAGGAAUGUAAAAAAGCCGUGCUAGCUUCACUCCUCAAGCCCCUUUUGGAAGCGAAGCUUGAAAAGAAAGAGAAGUCAUGCUCGUUAUGCCACAAGGAACCACCGCCGCCUCCUGCUACUAUCCUGUUGGUGCCAGCUGCACCGACACCGUGCGCUCCAGCACCUUUCAUAUCGUUGGCACCAUCACCCGUGCCCCCGUGUGCUCACAUGCCUCCUCCUUCCCCAUGUGCUCCUAGUACAGGAGUUCCGAUGAACGCUUACAUGGUUUCCGCCCCCGUACCAGUUACUUUAGAGGCCAAACCCAUAAAAUCAUCUUGUCCUUGUAGCGCCUGUAGCAAAUUGUAA